ACCGUCGGCUACCAGUCGGUCGGUCGAUCCGUCAGUCAGUCCGUCAGCAAGCGAGUUCCCGAGUCGGCCGACCGCUUCUUCUCUGGUUCCCGGGAUUCUUCCCUGACGAUCCAUUGGGUUUCCCUGAUUUUUGUUCAGAAAUCUCGUGUGCCAGCCACCGGCGCAACGUCACAAUCGUGCUUCAAGCUCCCGAACCAAAAACUCGCAAUCGUGGGCUGGAGUGAAAUAGGCGUUCCGGGUGGUACCCGGAGGAUGCUGCCCUUCGAGACGCCUUCGGUGUUCGAUCAACUCCCGCGGUAUUUGCUCAAAAUCCCGCGGGUGGUCAAGGACCAGAAACACAAGUUCGAGACUGAGGAUCUAUUCAAAAAACUCAGCCGUGAAGGAGAGGUGAGGUACACUGGAUUCCGUGACAGACCGCGCGAGGAGCGCCAGAUCCGUUUCCAGAGCGGAGUCCGAGAAGGACAUACCGAUAUCGCCUUCGUCGCCAACGGAACUAAUCUACAGCUCAUGUUCAGCGCAUGUCCCCCUGUCCUGGGCUACCCUCAAGACUACUGCGAUUUCUCGAAAGAAAGGGGAAAGGUCCACUUGCGGAGCUCUUUCAUCAUGAACGGCGUGUGCGUUCGAUGGCGAGGCUGGAUUGACCUUGAAAGGCUCGACGGUAUCGGAUGCGUGGAGUUCGACGAGGAUCGGGCCAGGAUCGAGGAUGCCAUACUGCGCGAUCAGAUCGAGGUCUACAACCAAAGACUGCGGCAACUGGAAGAAAUCCGUAAAGUCCACACAGUUAAGCGCGAAGAUGAGGCUCGUCGGAGGCGUGACUUCGAGAAGGAACCACAUGACAAUAACAACGACGAGAUGAUUCUACCUUAACCGUCGAGGCGCUUGCGUGCAAUACAGUUGCGAAUACUCAAUAGGAGAAGGAGUAGUUGAUAGAGCAGCACUCGAAAUAAAAGCCUCCAAUGG